AUGCCGGCAACAUGCGCCGCCAGAGUCUUUCAACUUACCUGUGAACUUGGUCACAAAACUGACGGCCAAACUAUUCAGUGGCUCUUACAACAUGCUGAACCUUCUAUCAUCUCCGCCACUGGCACAGGCACUACCCCUGCCAUCGCCGUCUCAGUUAACGGCAUCCUCAAAAUCCCCACCACUAAAAAUGACCCUUUAACGCGGAAACGCAACCGUUGUACUAACAGUGAAUUUAUCGACGUUAAACAAAGAAGUUGCCAUGCAACUAUGACUACUACAUGCAGUUGUACUACUGACGUGAAGUCUAAGAAAGUGACAACUUUUUUGGCUCCGGUUAUGUCGAUAGUACCAAGUCAGACAAUAGUGCCACACGUGUCAAUGUUCGCUGUUCCUACAAGAAUAAACUCAAUGGCGGCAGCGUCAACUGUUUGGAUAAUUCCACAAACACCAUUGAUAACAAGAACACCAAGUGCAGCUCAUGUAUUGGCAGUGAAGCCUAUUAAUUGCGUUAGGGUUAGGCCAGCUACUUUAUUGAAUAUUCCAAGUGCAGUUAUUCCUGUUUCUGCUAACAAUGCCUCCAUUUCCUCCUCCUUUUCGUUGGGUCGUCAUUGA